AGUGCCUCGACAAUCCAAAACGAAGCUCGAUUUUAGCUAACCUAUUUACUUAAUAAUUAAUUGAAUAACUUCAGUAAUUCAUAUAUUUCUGUGUGAUGACUACUAGGCUGAGGGCGCUGUUGUUGGAUAAGGCGAUACCUCACGGUUUGCACGGAUAUUCGACUUUAUUCAAGCUUAAAAAUGUACACAUUUCGUACGAACAUAACGAGAACCAUUUUAAAUUGUACUUAACGAGUAAAACAUGUCAAAAUUUCGGGGAUGUAGAUCAGGCGACGUUAGCUGUUAAUCCAGAAUUAAUACAAGUAAACGUAGAUCGAGGGACAUUUAUACAAGACACGUUGGAAAGUAUAACAUUUAACAAACUUCGAUCAUCUAAAGACCCAAAGAAAAUAGUAAUAGAUUUCAGUUCUCCAAAUAUAGCAAAACCUUUUCAUGCGGGCCAUUUAAGAUCCACAAUCAUUGGCAACUUCAUUGCAAAUAUAAACAAACAUUUCAAUAAUAAAGUCACAAAAAUUAAUUAUUUAGGCGAUUGGGGCACACAGUUUGGGUUAUUACAAUAUGGGCUGAAAACAAAAGGUAUUAAUGCAGAAAAAUUGACUGACAAUCCAGUAAAAACUUUAUAUGACACAUAUGUCUAUGCAAACCAAGUAGCAAAACAAGAUGAAACUGUACAUGAAGAAGCAAAAAAAUACUUUUCUGACAUAGAACAAGGAAAAAUGGACUUAGAAAACUGGAAGAAAAUUCGGGAACUGACAGUACAAGAGCUACAAAAUGUUUACCAAAGACUUGGAAUACAAUUUGAUGCGUACCAUUGGGAGUCAGAUUACAACUAUUUAGCUAUAAAGGACCUAAUGACCUCAUUAGAAUCCCAGAAAAUAAUUACUGUUGACAAUGCAGGAAAGAAAGUUGCCAAAAUAAAUAACAAAGAUGUUACAGUUUUAAAAAGUGAUAAUUCAACUCUGUAUCUUUCCAGAGAUAUUGCAGCUUUAUUAGAUAGAUACAAGAGAUACAAUUUUGAUAAAAUGCUUUAUGUUGUUGAUAAUGCACAAACAGAUCAUUUUGCUGCAGUAUUUGAUAUUGUAAAAAACAUCAAUAAAAAAUGCACUGCAGGCUGUGAACACAUAAAAUUUGGAAGAAUCAAAGGCAUGAGCACGAGGACUGGAAAUGUUGUAUUUCUAAAUGAUAUACUGGAUGAAGCAAAGCGAAAAAUGCAUGAAAAACAGUUGCAAUCCAAAAAUACCAGGAAUACUGCAAUGAAUGAAGAAACAUGUGAUGUUUUGGGUACAACAGCAGUCAUAAUUAAUGACUUGAAGCAACGCAGACAAAAGGACUACAUUUUCAAAUGGGAUAGGGCAUUACAAAGUGAAGGUGACAGUGGAAUCAAAUUGCAGUACCUACACUGCAGACUUUGGAGCUUAGAACAAAAUUCUGGAGUCACACUUCCAGCACAGUGUGAACCUAAAUGUGUCCCUGAGGAAGUUGUUGGUGAUGUAGUCACAGAAUUAGCGAGAUUUGAAGACAUUUUACAAAGAUCUUUAGAUGAAUAUGAAGCUUGUAUCCUAGUUAAUUAUUUAUUUAGACUAGCAAGACAUGUCAAUAGAAUGUUCAAUGAGUUGAAAGUAAAGGAUACCGAUAAAAAUUUAGCAGAGCAAAGGCUGUUAGUGUUUCAUGCCGCAAGAAUAGUAGUUAAAACUAGCUUGGAAAUAUUGGGAGUAAAACCUUUAUAUGAAAUGUAA